GUCAAAUCGUGUUACGUUGUUUCGAGUUGCUUCAAAACGGAGGAAGCUUCGAUCGAUAAUAUAAGGGCGCUCAAAAACGCUUUCAAUGUACUCAUAAAAUAUUCAAGGCUUUCUUUCCUUUAGGAACAUGAUGCCUUAACGGUUUUAGACCUCAAUUGCAGCUAAAGCUCGACCUCAACGCCAGCGAUUUUGUUGUAAGCCUUGGUCAAUCGACAGCAAGAGUGCUGACUAAUUCUGUUUUUCAAAGGAUAGCAACUUCUUCAGCAUUAAGGGUGGUUUGAUUACCGUGUUUCUAAGUAUGCUGCAUACUGUUUACGUGCUUGUACUCUUAGCGAUCCUUGGUACGUCUUUUGGACGACCCAUCGAAGAAAAAAACCUUAGCGAAGAAUGUCUUCAGCCCAAACUAACUGGCCCAUGUAGAGCAUACUUUGAAAGAUGGUUUUAUAAUCAAACUUCUAGAAAAUGUGAACAAUUUGUGUAUGGUGGUUGUCAAGGAAACAGUAACAAUUUUGAAAGCAAGGCAGAGUGUGAAAAGAAAUGCACCCAUGGUGAAGCUGGCUUUGAAUCAGAAGAAUUGACCAAACAGAAGAUGAGUGAAAAUAAACACAACAGAGAUAAGAACACUGAAGAAGAAGGUCUCAGAAGUGUCUAUGUAGGUGAUCCUGAAGACCUUUUAAAAGAAUACUGGACGAUACGCAAGAGACGUAGUGUGGAGGACUCUGACCUUGAUAAUGUUGAUGAAAUUAUGGCAGCACAUCAUGGUCAAGGGUCUGAUGAUGAUGUUGAACAUGCUGAUAGUUCAUCAAACGAGAGUGGUGCCAGUUCUACCAAAAGACAGAAAGGUCAAGUUCAGACAGGUGGUGAUGACGAAUCAGACCACAGUGAACUAAACAGUAAGAAAAAUGAAGAUAGCAAGAGUGCUAAAACCUUUGCCAAGGGGGCACCUAGCAACAUAGACCAACCCGAUAACAAUGACAGACAUGACAGUGGAGCUGAUGACAAAGAAUUGCCUAACAAUGGUGGUCAUCAUGUUGGCGAGCCUGACCAAUCUGACAAAGGCAAACAAGGUGAUGGUCAACCUGCUAGCGAGCCUAAACAAUCUGAAAAAGGCAAACAAGGUGAUGGUCAACCUGCUAGCGAGCCUAAACAAUCUGAAAAAGGCAAACUAGGUGAUGGUCAACCUGCUAGCAAGUCUAAACAAUCUGAAAAAGGCAAACAAGGUGAUGGUCAACCUGCUAGCAAGCCUAAACAAUCUGAAAAAGGCAAACUAGGUGAUGGUCAACCUGCUAGCAAGUCUAAACAAUCUGAAAAAGGCAAACAAGGUGAUGGUCAACCUGCUAGCGAGCCUAAACAAUCUGAAAAAGGCAAACAAGGUGAUGGUCAACCUGCUAGCGAGCCUAAACAAUCUGAAAAAGGCAAACAAGGUGAUGGUCAACCUGCUAGCGAGCCUAAACAAUCUGAAAAAGGCAAACUAGGUGAUGGUCAACCUACUAGCAAGCCUAAACAAUCUGAAAAAGGCAAACUAGGUGAUGGUCAACCUGCUAGCAAGUCUAAACAAUCUGAAAAAGGCAAACAAGGUGAUGGUCAACCUGCUAGCAAGUCUAAACAAUCUGAAAAAGGCAAACAAGGUGAUGGUCAACCUGCUAGCGAGCCUAAACAAUCUGAAAAAGGCAAACUAGGUGAUGGUCCACCUGCUAGCAAGUCUAAACAAUCUGAAAAAGGCAAACAAGGUGAUGGUCAACCUGCUAGCGAGCCUAAACAAUCUGAAAAAGGCAAACUAGGUGAUGGUCAACCUGCUAGCAAGUCUAAAAAAUCUGAAAAAGGCAAACAAGGUGAUGGUCAACCUGCUAGCGAGCCUAAACAAUCUGAAAAAGACAAACAAGGUGAUGGUCAACCUGCUAGCGAGCCUAAACAAUCUGAAAAAGGCAAACUAGGUGAUGGUCAACCUACUAGCAAGUCUAAACAAUCUGAAAAAGGCAAACAAGGUGAUGGUCAACCUGCUGACAAGCCUAACCAAACUCAUAUUGGUGAAGCCGAACAAUAUAAACGUCCAGAAGCGCCUGGCAGCGAAGCAGAUCCGUCUAAAAGUGUACAAACCACUGGUGGUGAAGCUGAACCAACUAAACGUCCACAAGCCCCUGUUGGUGAAGCUGAACCAACUAAACGUCCACAAGACCCUGUUGGUGGAGUUGAACCAACUAAACGUCCACAAGACCCUGUUGGUGGAGUUGAACCAACUAAACGUCCACAAGACCCUGUUGGUGGAGUUGAACCAACUAAACGUCCACAAGACCCUGUUGGUGGAGUUGAACCAACUAAACGUCCACAAGACCCUAAUGGUCAAGCUGAACCAACUAAACAUCCACAAGCCCCUGUUGGUGAAGCUGAACCAACUAAACGUCCACAAGUUUCUGUUGGUGAAGCUGAACCAACUAAACGUCCACAAGACCCUAAUGGUCAAGCUGAACCAACUAAACGUCCACAAGCCCCUGUUGGUAAAGCUGAACCAACUAAACGUCCACAAGCCCCUGUUGGUGAAGCUGAACCAACUAAACGUCCACAAGACCCUAAUGGUCAAGCCGAACCAACUAAACGUCCACAAGCCCCUGUUGGUGAAGCUGAACCAACUAAACGUCCACAAGUUUCUGUUGGUGAAGCUGAACCAACUAAACGUCCACAAGACCCUAAUGGUCAAGCCGAACCAACUAAACGUCCACAAGCCCCUGUUGGUGAAGCUGAACCAACUAAACGUCCACAAGUUUCUGUUGGUGAAGCUGAACCAACUAAACGUCCACAAGACCCUAAUGGUCAAGCUGAACCAACUAAACGUCCACAAGCCCCUGUUGGUGAAGCUGAACCAACUAAACGUCCACAAGUUUCUGUUGGUGAAGCUGAACCAACUAAACGUCCACAAGACCCUAAUGGUCAAGCUGAACCAACUAAACGUCCACAAGUUCCUGUUGGUGAAGCUGAACCAACUAAACGUCCACAAUCCCCUGUUGGUGAAGCUGAACCAACUAAACGUCCACAAGUUCCUGUUGGUGAAGCUAAACCAACUAAACGUCCACAAGUUCCUGUUGGUGAAGCUAAACCAACUAAACGUCCAAAAGCCCCUGUUGGUGAAGCUGAACCAACUAAACGUCCAAAAGCCCCUGUUGGUGAAGCUAAACCAACUAAACGUCCACAAGUUCCUGUUGGUGAAGCUGAACCAACUAAACGUCCACAAGCCCCUGUUGGUGAAACUGAACCAACUAAACGUCCACAAGACCCUGUUGGUCAAGCUGAACCAACUAAACGUCCACAAGUUCCUGUUGGUAAAGCUGAACCAACUAAACGUCCACAAAGCCGUGGCGGUGAAGCCAAAGCAACCGCGGUAACCCAGAAAGAUGACAAAGCUGCUAGUGCCCAAGGUGAACCAGGGGAGGGUGGUGAGGUUGCCGAGAAAAGCGACCAAGGCAAGGAUGACAAAAUCCCCGGCUCAGGCAACAUUAGUAACGGGAGGAAGAGUGGCUUGCCUGUGGAUAACAAUUUCAGGAGAAUACCCGAUGAUUACGAUGACGACAGUCACAAUACUCAUUUCGCCGCUUUCUUUUUGUCUUCAAUUGUCGCUGUCUUUGCUAUUUACGUUAUUUACCACAAUCGACAAAAGAUCAUUGCGAUAGUUAUCGAGGGACGCAGCACUAACGACAGACGAGGAGGACGCUACCGAAAACUUGAGACAAACGUGGAAGAAGCAAUGCCAACCAUAAAAAGUAUAGGACCAACUACUCCUUACGUAUACUAGAGACAGGACAGAUGACUACGUGGUGUAGUGCAAUCUCCCGCGAUGUCUUCCAACGGUCCCCCAUCACGCGGUCGUCACUAGCGAAACACGCAAACUAGUUUUUUCAGACAUUUAGAACUCAGAGCCUUGUGCUGGCAUUGGCAAGAUAUGCUCAUCAGUCCUGCAGCUUGUUGCCUUGCGUUGAACAAAGGAAAAACAGAUAGACCUCCACACCCCACCCCUAAACCAAAUCUCUUUAGUAUGAAAUGUACAAAUGCGACCUCUUUGUUGCUGUUUUGCUUCAGGGCUUUGAAUUAUUUAACGAGAUCGUGUACAAAGCUACCAGCUUUCUCAGUACCUCUCAAAAGCAUGCAUAAAAUGCCUUAAAAAAUGCCUGAUUUUCAGCAUUGCUGCAUCUGUGAUAUUUUGAUGUGUAGAUUUGUAGAUUUUAUAAGAGAAUGUUUGUAAUUUAACAGAAAAAGAUAUGAAAUAAAUAAAUUGCACAAUAUA